CGCUAUCGCCAUUUUCCAGCCCGGUCAAGACAGCUGCGUACGCAUUUCAUUCCACCUUGGUUUGUGGCCAUAACAAGCCGAACUGCUCGACCCACGCUCCAAUUCAGCGAGAAUCAGGAAACGAGCCCUGCACGGAUGGACGGCUCGUCGGCGGAGGUGGCGAAGGUGAAGCGGGCGAAGACCGUCUUGACGGUGGCGGCGAUCUCCGGCUCCCUCCGCCGGGCCUCGGCCAACGCCGGCCUCAUCCGCGCCGCCGCCAAGAUGUGCGAGGAGUCCAUCCCGGGGCUGCAGAUCGACCACGUCGACAUCUCCGACCUGCCGCUCCUUAACACCGAUCUCGAGAACGUCGACGGCAACGCCUUCCCGGCCGCCGUCGAGGAGUUCCGGGACAGGGUCCGCGGCGCCGACUGCUUCCUCUUCGCCUCCCCCGAGUACAACUACUCCAUCUCAGGCCCUCUGAAGAACGCGCUGGACUGGGGGUCGCGGCCACCGAACGUGUGGGCGGACAGGGCCGGCGCCAUAGUGAGCGCGUCAGGGAAGUCCGGCGGCAAGAGGUCGGCGUACCACAUCCGGCAGGUCGGGGUCUUCCUCGACAUCCACUUCAUCAACAAGCCGGAGGGGUUCGUCUCGGCGCACCAUCCGCAGAGCAAGUUCAACGGCGACGGCAACCUCAUCGACCCGGAGACUGGGGAGCUGCUGAGGAAGAUCCUUCUUUCCCUCCGGGCGUUCGCGCUCAGGCUCAUCCACGGCAACGACUCUGCUGCAAACUCCGGACAAGGUGCUAAGGUUCAGUGAAAACCAGACUAGCUUCAUCAAUUUGAGACAUCUGAACAUAAACCUUGAGCUCAGGUGGGAUCCAUAUGAUGACAGUUGGGUAAUGGGGUUUCUUAAUCUUUUCAAAUUAGCACCUCUCUUAGAAGAAUUGGAAAUGCAUGUAAGUAAUUUAACUGUUGAUUAUGAACCUUUUUAACACAUUAAUUAGGAUGUUGUGUGUUGCGUCUGUUUGACCCCCUCCCCCUUGAAGAAUAUGUAUAGUGAAAUUAACGGAUAUAUGUGUGAGUUGGGUCGUGAUAAAUUUUGCCCUGCUACUAUGAGGAUGGUGACGGCUGUGCAAGAGCCCCUGCAUCAUCACCUCAAGAGUGUCCACAUGUCUGGGUUUUGUGAUGUCUCGGGGCUGGCCGAGCUGACGCUAUACAUCCUUGGGAAUGCUACUGUAAUCAAGUAUGGAGGUAGAUCUAGUGGCGUAAGCCCACACUCUUCACAACGAUGAUAUAUAUUCAGUCAGCAAGGCUGGUUGUAUCGAGGGGGAUCAUUACCACGUCGAUCAGAAUAGGAUGUUUGCAGAGCAAAUCCUUGGCAGUGAGGAGUUCCGUCAUAUCGUCACCAUCUUGUGAAGUACAAUGCUGGGGCUGGAGCCUGGAGAUGCUAUUUAUAUAUGCCGACGGUUGAUGGAUAUGGGCGUGGUGGAAAAAGGAUCGAUCGGUUGCUUUAUGAAGAUUUAUAAUAAUACUCAGAAGGGAAGCAUUCAUGUACAAGCCGAAUGAUUAAUGCAGUAGUGUGUGCACCAAAAUUCAGUGUUGUCUGCAUUUUUUGUUGUAAUCUGGGUUAACUAUGAUUUCAUCUUUUUUGGCUUUGCUAUUAUGAACAUAAGCAGUUGGUAGCAAUUUCAAGUGCUAUAUAUGUGGUACACUGUCAUUAAUGAAAUCAUGGAAUCAUUCAUCUCA